UAUUGCUGGGUGAAGCAGCCAUGGGAUCCCCAGCCUGGUACUGGCUGCUGUCUGCCCUCUGUGCCCCCAGUGUGCAGAGCCAGGCCAGGAAUGUGCUGGUUAUUAUAGGUGACGAUGCUGGCUUUGAGACUGACGUCUAUAAUAACACUGCCAUUAACACCCCCCACCUGCGACAGCUGGCUCAGAAAAGCCUGAUCUUCAAAAACGCCUUCACCUCUGUCAGCAGCUGCUCUCCCAGCCGGUCUGCAAUACUGACCGGCCUGCCACAGCAUCAAAAUGGCAUGUACGGCCUGCACCAGGAUAUGCACCACUUUAACUCGUUUGAUGACGUGAGGAGUUUACCCGGGCUGCUCAGACAGGCUGGCAUCCGCACAGGAAUUAUUGGGAAGAAACACGUGGGUCCAGAAUCAGUUUAUCCGUUCGACUUCGCGUACACGGAGGAGAACAGUUCGGUCCUACAGGUUGGGCGAAACAUCACGCGGAUCAAGUUGUUGGUCCGGAAAUUUCUGAAUAGCAAAGACCAAAG